AUGUUUUCUUUAAUCACUAGAUACAUUUACUUAUUGGACCAUUGCAUUUUUACCACGUUCCCUUUUCUGAAGAACCCAACAUUUCAAAGUAACGUUCGAUUUUUAUUUUUUACCUCAGUGAUCUAUAUUUUAUACAGUAAACGACACUACAUUAUGAACAACUUGUCGAGUAUCAGGAAUAAUUCGACUCUGAACCGUUUCCUGCCAAGUUACAAUUCUAUGGAUGAUACCAUUUUGAAAAGAGGUGGUCAUAUUGCUGGUCUAGUCAAUGACGGUAAUACGUGUUUCAUGAACUCUGUGUUGCAAUCGUUGGCUUCUUCAAGGACGUUAGUUGAGUUCUUGGAUGAAGAGAUUGUAAACAGUCAACUGAAAGAUGAUGAGACAGAGGGUGAGAACGAAAAGGAGGUUGGAGAAGAAGUCCAAGUUAAAGUUCAAAAACUCAACAAAAACAAAAACGGUGGCAAACGUAAGAAGAAGUUGCAAAAGCAGAAAGAUCAAGAAGAUCUGGAAAAAACAGAGGAAUCUACUGAGAAGGAUGUUGCAUUCAGUAUAGCUUUGAAGGAACUAUUAGAUAAGUUGAAUUUUAAAUACUAUAGAGAUAAACCGUAUUUUAAAACGCAUAGUCUACUGAAGACAAUGUCGAAGGCUCCAAAUAAGAAUAUCAUUAUGGGAUAUGAUCAAGAAGAUGCACAAGAGUUCUUCCAAAGCAUCUUGUCAGAAUUAGAGAAAAAUGUUAAAUCUAUCUCACCAAUUGAGAAAGACGUCAAACCAGUUCCAGAAUCCGAGUUACCUGAUGGUGCUUUAAUUGGCCAGAAUGAUCUAGGAUCUGUAGGCACAGUCUUUAUUCCAACAGAACAAAUCGAUCCAAAUUCUAUAUUAGAGAAUAAAGAUUCAUCCAAAUAUUACACGCCAUUUAGAAUGAUCACUCCAUUGGAUGGUAUCACUGCUGAAAGAAUUGGAUGUUUGACUUGUGGUGAAAAUGGUGGUAUUAGAUAUUCUAUUUCUUCUAGUUUGAGUUUGAAUUUACCAAAUGAAAAUAUAAACUCUCAGGCAUUGAAAUUAUCUAACUUAAUGCAAGAAUGGAUUAAACCAGAAAUAAUCGAAGGUGUUGAAUGUAACAGAUGUGCUUUAAAUGCUGUUUUAGAGCACUUACAAGACCAAUUAAAACAAUUGCAAGAAAAGUCUACUGGUUCAAUUCCUGAGAAAUUAAUUUCUGCUGUAGAGGAGAGAAUUUCUAUACUUUCAAAAACUUUAAGUAAACCUGUUAUCGAUGAUGAGGAUUACAAAAAAUAUCAUACUGAAAAUAUGGUUCGUAAGUGUUCUAAAUCUAAACAAAUCUUGAUUUCAAGACCACCUCCAUUAUUAUCAAUUCAUAUCAAUAGAUCAGUCUUUGAUCCAAAUACGUACACGAUUAGAAAAAAUAAUUCUCGAGUUCUGUUUAAAUCAAGGUUCAACUUAGAACCUUGGUGUUGUGAUAUUGAUGAAAUAAACUUAGAUGCACGUUUACCAAUGUCAAAGAAAAAUAACUUACCUCAAGAAUCGAGUGAAGAUGAAAACAUUGGUGGUGAAUACUACGCAAAGUUACAUCAUAAAUUUGAGCAAGAGUUUGAGGAUAGUGAUGAAGAAUCUUAUGAAAAUGAUUCCGAUAUGCAGUUACGUGGAAGAGAUGUGAGUAACUAUGACCCAUUGCAUGGGGAAAUAGAAGAAGAUGAAAGUGUUGAUGACGGUGCUGAAUACAUCGAGGAAACGGAUGGUCUAGGUAACACUAUUAGAAGAAGAGUCAUUGAACAAGAACAAAUUCAAAAAGAGAAUGAUAUUGCCAUGGAGUCUGACGAAGAUGAUGAAGACUAUACGGAAGAUCAAGAAAAGGACGACAUAUUUGACAACAAUGACCCAGAAGGCGAACAUAUAGUGGACACAGAAUCCUCAGAUGUAGAAAGUGACAGAGUUUCACUUCCUGCACCACCUAGACAAUACACAUCAUUGAGCUCUUCUACAGUUCCAGCUUCUCCAUUGACUUAUUCUUUGCGUUCUGUUAUCGUGCAUUAUGGUACUCAUAACUAUGGUCAUUAUAUUGCAUUCAGGAGAUACAGAGGAUGUUGGUGGAGAAUAUCUGACGAAUCCGUAUACAUUGUCGAAGAAGCUGAAGUUUUAUCAACCCCGGGUGUAUUCAUGUUAUUCUAUGAGUAUGACUACGAUGUAGAAACUAAGAAAAUGUUUGAUGACAUUGAAUUUGACAAGGAAAUCGAGAUAGAAGGUUUCGACGACGAAAAACCAGACAAUCAAAAGAAACAAGAAUAUGGAAAUGAAGCUGUAGCUGAGAAUGACAUUGACAAUGCUCAGAUGUGA